CCUUGUUUCGUUUCCUCGCGCAACCUCUCUCUUCUCUCGCUUCUUCUCAUUCACGGCGCUGGGCCUGUUCUUUGCCUUCUGUGUUGAUUGAUCUUUUUGUUGGCGUGGGAAAAAAACACACAACGCCAAUUCUCUGGCCCGAGCCAAUACGAUCUUGACACCCAACCGACACGAGAUCCUACGAAACACGCUCCGACAGGCAUUGCGACCGCAUCGAGAACCGGGAAAAUACAUCAACACGCACUGCGAGAAGGAAUAAGCAGGACAAGAUGGUCUACGUGCGGCAGCACAACCUCCCGGCCUUGAAAGAGUACAAGUACUCUGCCGUGGAUCGGUCGCUCGUGUCCAAAUAUAUCCUCAAGCCUUUCUACACCAACUUUGUCAUCCACUGCUUCCCAAUGAGCAUGGCGCCGAAUCUCAUCACCUUGACGGGAUUCUCGUUUGUCGUCCUCAACUUCUUGACCAUGUUGUGGUACAACCCCACGCUGGAUCAAGACUGCCCCAGCUGGGUGUACUACAGCUGGGCCAUUGGAUUGUUGCUCUACCAGACUUUUGACGCUGUAGACGGUGCCCAAGCUCGACGAACCAAACAGUCCGGACCCCUCGGCGAACUCUUCGAUCACGGUGUCGAUGCCCUGAACACGACUCUGGAGGUGCUCAUUUUCGCCGCUUCCCAGAACAUGGGCCAGGGCUGGAAGACGGUAGCUACUUUGUUUGCUUCUCUCCUCACCUUCUAUGUCCAGACCUGGGACGAAUACCACACCAAAACCCUAACUCUUGGCAUCGUCAAUGGACCCGUUGAGGGCGUGCUCAUCGUUGCCUCUGUCUUUGCCCUGACGGGCUUCAUGGGAGGCGCUCACAUCUGGCAACAGAGUGCCCUGGGCGCCAUUGGUGUUCCCGCAUCGCUGGGCAUUCCCCAAUUCAUCUACGACCUCACAUUCACCGAGUGGUACAUGGUCCAGGGAACAAUUGUCCUGGUGCUCAACACCGUGGAGUCGUCUGUCAACGUUAUUCGUGCGCGACGGGCUCGCGGCGACCGAUCACGAGGCGCCCUUCUCGGCCUUGGACCCUUUUUCGCCGUUUGGGCCCUGAUCGUUACCUACCUCUACCUGCAGCCAAACAUCCUCCACCACCACCUGAUUCCCUUUGCCCUGUUCGCUGGCCUCGUCAACGCGUACAGCGUCGGGCAGAUGAUUACCGCACACCUCACCAAGAUGCGCUUCCCCUACUGGAACAUCUUGGGCGUGCUGGUUGGCUUUGGCGUUGCCGACUCGAUUGGCCCGGUCCUGCUGAACAACUAUGGCGUUGGCUGGCCCAGCUCUCUUGGCGAUGGUGUGUACCAGACUGCCUAUGUUUUCCUGAUGCUCGGCACUGCUCUCGGUGUCUACGGAAGCUUUGUCGUGGAUGUCAUUGUUACGAUCUGUGACUACCUCGACAUCUGGUGCUUGACUAUUAAGCACCCUCACCACGAGGCGGCUGUCGUGAAGCCCAAUGGCAUCAAGAGCCACUAAGAGAAGACACUGUGUUGCGGAAAGACACUUGCAUAUCCAAGCACAUUCGCCACUUGGGUUUGUUGUAUAAUGUGGUGCCAUCCUCUUUUGAAAAGAAGAAGAAGAAUAAAAGAAAAAGAAGAAGAAGAAAAUAGCUCAUGCGUUGAUAACGACAUGAGGGAGGCGACAAUAGGGAACGAUAGAGAAGAACCAAAAGGGGAUAAAAGCCAAUACUUUGUAACGCGAUAUGAUGAUGGAUUUAAAUAUUAAACGGACGAGAGCCUAGAUGGAACGACAGACGAUGGCCAUUUCUUUUCAGCAUGAAGUUAGCUAUUAUGUGAUAUUAGGGCACCCGCCUGAGUUUGUAUAGAUUUUUUCUGGGCGUUUUGCGGAUAAUUAUUAUUUGCUAGAUGCCAUUUUAGAUAGAGCAAUUGAUAGUAGAAAAAGAUUCUGAAUAAAGAAACUGAAAUAGCGGCGA